UGAGCUCCCAAUAUCUAUUUGAUACUUGCUGACGAAUAGGCACAUAUUCAGUUUAAUAUUUAGAAAUCAGAACACUUUAAAUUAAAUGAAAUAAUAAAUAUUCAGUCCGUGUUUUUAAUUAUACAUAAUAAUCUAAAAUGUUGAGUUUUGUACAACUUGAAGUAUAAUAUGUAAAAUGGGUUUAUCGUUAUGUGCCAAAUAUUUUGUGUUAACUUUCUCAUGUUUUUAUUGGAUUUCCGGAGCUUUUGUAGCUGCUGGUUGCUUAUGGGUUCUAAAUGAUCCUAUGUUUUCCCCAAUGUUAACUGAGUCUGGAAGGUUUUUGAAAUCGAUCGUUUACUUAGUUCUAUUUGCCUGUUUUAUUAUACUUUUGAGUACAUGGUUCGCUUGCUACAGCAUUUUGAAAAGAUCUUCAUACUCGCUUGUAACUUUCCUUUUAACUUUAGUAAUUGUAGUUGGAAUUAAAGUUAUAGUCGGUACUUGGAUAUCUUAUAACAAAGAUAGAAUUAGCGAUUUUUUAAUAGCUUCUGUAAGAUACUCGAUCCAGCAAGAAUAUGGACAAAUAAGUACAACUACUGUUACAUUUGACCUCAUUCAGAAAAACUUUAAAUGUUGCGGAGCGGAUGGUCCAAUAGAUUGGAUGUCAAGCCAGUAUAACAAUGUUGGCCAAGAAGAUCUAGCCAAUAUUGCAUUUUCAUCUUUAAAUUUGUUCUACAGUAUCCCAGAAUCCUGUUGCCGGCAUGAAAUAAGCGAUGUUGCUUGUGAAAUUGCUCGAAAGCGGAAGGUUGAUGCAAGUCUCCAUGCAGGAAUAAACAAUCAAGGUUGCGUGCGAAAGUUAACUGAAAUAGUUUUACAUAAUUCUGGAUUAUUAUAUACAACUUUUAUCGUCGUUAUAUUUGUAGAUAUAAGUGUUAUUGGAUUAACUUUAUAUUUAUGUUGUAAUAUAUUUCAGAAAAAAAAAUAAAUUAAGUAAAUUCUCAACUUCUUAA